UGCGGGUCAGAUGGGAGGCAGGCUAAAGCCUGAGCAGGUGGGAUCAAGUAGAAAUGAGCCUUCAUCAUUUGGAAAGCACAAGUACACAGCGGAGGAGUACCAGGCUAUCCAGAAUGCUCUGCGGCAGAAGCUGGGACCAGAGUAUAUCAGCAGCAGACAGGCAGGAGGUGGACAGAAGGUUUGUUACAUUGAAGGACACCGAGUAAUCAGCUUGGCCAAUGAAAUGUUUGGGUACAAUGGCUGGUCGCACUCCAUAUCUCAGCAGAAUGUGGAUUUUGUGGACCUCAGUAACGGAAAGUUCUAUGUUGGAGUCUGCGCGUUUGUCAAAGUCCAGCUGAAGGAUGGCUCUUACCAUGAAGAUGUUGGGUACGGUGUUAGCGAGGGGCUGAAAUCUAAGGCACUGUCCCUGGAGAAAGCUCGCAAGGAGGCUGUCACUGAUGGAUUAAAAAGAGCGCUUAAGUGUUUUGGAAAUUCUCUUGGCAACUGCAUCCUGGACAAAGAUUAUCUCCGAGCUAUCAACAAACUGCCCAAAUUGCCUCCUCCUGAUCUUAAUGUAGCACAGACAAAGCGACAGGACUUUGAUGCUUCUCUGGACAGGGCUCGAUAUAACAGUCUGCUACAAGAACAGAAACGUAUGGGCCAAAAUCAUCCAGAAAGGGCUGAGCAGCAGCUGCCAUCAUUAUGUGAACAGUCUCCUUGCAAACCACACCAAGAAGACAAUAGAAGUACUAUGCCAAAACCCAACUUCAGCGACUCUAGCUCCGGGUUGGGUUCGUCAGUUUCAGUUCUGCAGACAGACAUGGACGCCACCCUUCAACGCAAACUGCGGCAAAAGCAGUUGCAGCAGAGAUUCCGUGAGGAGAUGGAGAAGAAACAGAAUCCGAGUGCUGCAACAUCUCUAGACGGAGAACACGGAGGAGCAUCGAGUGCUCCAAGAGUCCCUCCCUUGAGUCACAGCACUCCAACAAUUGCAGGAUCUGCAAAGGUUAUGGCAGCCCUGGAAGAGGAGUACCUAGCAGACGAUCCGGAGCUCUGGGACAUCCCAUUGGAUGCUGCAGAGGUGGAAAAUUUCUCCAAUGGCAACAUCCCAUCUGCUACACCUUUUGGGCAUCAUCAGAUGAUGACACGCAGCAAGACUCCUCAGCGCCCAGCCGACCAGCGCCAGCCAAUGCGACCGACCUCAUGGAACCAACCACACGGAAACCUGACAGCACAGCAACGUGCAGAUAAAAGCCCUUAUCGACAGAACAACGUUGGUGUUGUCAUGAAGAAGAGGAAACUGGAGCCAUCUUGAUCCCUGACCUUUUAUGGCCUUCCUCAGACUUCCCUAUUGAAUGCUG